AUCUGGAGGCGGAAACGAAAACGAAGCAUCUCACUCUCAGGUAGUCAAGGGUGCGAGUUGCGACAAUGGCGUCGUCCGCUGCUGCUACCGCGAAGCCGAUCGCGCUCCCGCCGGCGCCAACCCGAGGAGGCGGCUGCUGCUGGAGGGCAUGCCCCAGGACCACGGUCCCCGCCGCGGCGGCGCGCCUCAGGGUCUCCGCCUCCGCCGCCUCGUCGGACGUGCCGGACUUCCUCUCGUCCAAUUGGCUUGAAACUCGCAAGAGAAAGCCCUUCGGUCCCAGGUUGAAUUUUAGUGCAGAAGAAGCAGUCGAAUACCAGCUUGAGUCCUUAAAAUACAAUGAUCAGCCCCGCCAAGAUUAUGGGAUAGAGGUCAUGUACCGGUUUGCAGGCUUUGACCCGUUUGAAAGGUCGACUUACUUUGGACGACAGUUUGAUCUAGGACAGUUUGAACGCUUCCGGCGUUUGUUUCACCAUUCAGCUUACAGAGUGCUGCUGGGCCACAAAGAAAGAAAUAUAUUAAGCAGUUUAUGGGUUGAAGAGAACCGGUUUAAACAAAGAGUCUGGGUACAAGGAGCCCGUCCAGAGGAAGAAGAAAUAUUUCAAUUCACAAUGGUCCAGAGAGUUGGAGGCUCAUGGGAUGGUUACUGGCUGACAGAGAGCUUAAUAAAUGAUGGAGACGCAUUCUCAGGUGGUAUCGCUUACUGAUGUAGUGAAUUGGUGUAAAUCAGAUGCGUUCAUGUGAAUAUUGGUCCAAUAUAAACUUAUAGCAAUGUAGUAAUUGUAAAAACGGUUGGCUCAGGAAUAGGUUUUAUCUCCGUCCUUGAAGAUGUCAUACACUCAUACUAGCAGUGGCACACUAGCAAGUGGCGUGAAUGAAAAGUUGACACAUAUGUUGGUGUGUGAAAUUUGGCCGCCUUUGUGCAGAAAUUUGGCGGUGCCGGACACGCUAGUAUAUUGUACAGAAAGAGCCCUUUCAUAGUGCCCACAAAUGGUCAAACAUGCAUGUCUGUGAAGUACCUUUGUGUUGUGUGCUUGCUGCUUACAGUAAACCCCCAGAUUUUACUCA